AUGACGCCGUUCGUCGUGCCCGCUCCAACACAGCGAAGCCCCCAUCAACCGGGUAUCGAGGUCAUUCCCAAACGGCAUCUUACAGACAAGGACAAAAGUUCUGAGAUACUCCAUAUCGACACCUCGCCGACAGCAAGCUAUGUGGCGACGAAACACAGCAACAAACUUGUCAAGAUAUGGUCCAUUCCCAAGAACGCACUACAUGGGACGAUCAAGAUCACAUCAUACGUGCAACCUCGAGUGCGGUCUCGCGAGUACUUUAUCCGCAGCCACGCCAUCCUGUCCGAGAACGCCACGCUGAUCGGUAUCACCACUCACUUCGGGCUCACCCUUGAGAUUUGGAACUUUGCCAAAGGCGGUAGCGGGGCGAAGAAGGUACAAGUCAUUGAAGAAGCACACCGGUGGGCAGCCAGCCAGCGGGAUGCUUUCCAUAAUGACUACGCCGGGCUGGCCGUCUACCGCCCCAAGAACGAUCGCAUCGACCGCUUCUUCCUCUCACGCCACCCCAACUCCAAAACCCCCUUCCGCGAGGACCCCAACCAUUCGAUCGAGCUCCGCAAGUCCAACCUCCCCUUCCUCCCGAAAUUCCCCGAGCUCGCCUACAGCUCCGACUCCCCCAUCCUCAUAGCCGCCGCCAGUCCCCGACCCGGCGACCCUUCCCCGCCCCAACUCAACCAUCCUCAUCGCCUGGCACAUGAAGCCCGUCUCGGACAGCAAGCUGCACGCGCAGACCCCCGACCAGUCGCACAGCUCUCUCCCCGACGAAGAGCGGCACAAGCCCUACCGGGUCUGCGUGCCCGGCUACCCAGCCCUGCAGUCCGCCCUGCCCGCCAGCCUCGCCUCACACGGCGACAUUGCCGUCUCCAUCUGGAUCCCAGCCGCCACCACCACCGACACCACGGACACCACCUCUCCAGCAGCUAG